AGAGGGAGGGUUCCCAACGGCGGUCCAGACGGCGCUUCAGAAGGGUCAACCCCAGGGGAGAGCGGGAACUCAUCACAGACGGCCAAGACCCCGCCAGCUACAACACGGAUUAUGUCAACAACCAGGUAGGAUGAAAUACAAGACAUGAAACUUUUCUGCCUGUGUGUCUGUCUGUGUCGGGCGUUUUGUGUUCAUGUCUCUGUCAUGUAUGUGUUCAGUGUGCUUGAGCGUGCAUGGCUGUUUAUAUGAGUCACUUUGGGUUCAGGCACCUGUUUAGAAACUGGCAGUCCUGUGGGGGGGGGGGAGGUUGUCGUCGUCAUAUUUAGAGGCUGCCACACACACGCACACUGUGCUGUCUGCUGACACUGUGGGUGGCAGAUAGGAAUAAACAGACAGAGGAAUUAACAGAUGCAUGCCGGGAACAACAUUGCCUUGCUAGGCAGAGAUGGGUUUAAUGUAAUAGUGUAAGUUUCAGAUUCCCCCUCACAUGGAAGUCACAUCAUUGGCACAUGUCCCUCGAAAGUGGAAACUUGUGAUUUGUUUUGUGCGAUGAGGGCUGUCGGUGGCACAAGUUGGAAAUUUCCACACAUUACCCCACAAAAUAAUAAUAAAAAUCAAUGCUUAUUAUGCCCCGAUAGUCCAAUCAAAUCAGUCGUCAUUUGUGACAUAAAGGAGUUGCUUUAGAAGUGAGAAGCUUCUACUUGGCUUCAGAUGAAACAGACACGUUAGCUUAAGUUCUGUGUCUGCUGCUGUGGAGAACAAGGUUUAUUGAUUUGCUGAUUGAUCAUUGGGUCAGGAUUUAAAGGUGACACUUUUCCCUUUGUAAAGCAGCUGGGCUAAUGAGAAAAAAUCAUCCAUGGUUUUCCUGUGAGACGCACGCAGUGUAAUGUUAAUGCGUCUGCGCCGGCGAUGGCCGUUGCCGGAGGAGUAAUGUUUUCACGUCGUCUGUCCAUCCAUCUGUCUUUCCGUGCGCUCCGUUUGUGCGAACACAUCAUCUCAGCAACACCUUCAGGGUACAUCUUCAGAUUUUGUGCAAAUGUUCACCCGAACUCAAAGAUGAACUCAUUACAUUUUGGUCCUCAAAGGUCAGAGUCACUGUGACCUCACGUCUUUCCCAUUGUUAUGUAUAUGAUACAACAGGGAUUCCUUUCACGAGGGCACAAACAUCCACUUGGAUUUGAGCCUUACUGGUUUGAAUGAUGAUCAUGUCAAUGCGUUUGUGGCCACAAAUCAAAUCGCAUGGUAGCAUAAAACUGUCUGUAACAGGGGUCUCGAACAUGCACGCGCCUCUUUGGCCCAUCUCCAGUGACUUUGUGUGGCACUGACAGAUAAACAAAGACGUAAACAGAGGUCGAUAUUGAUCAUUUGUAAUUAGCAUUGUAAGUAAUUCUCUACAAUCUGAAAUUGUAAAGCUCUUUAGUUUACAAACCAAAAACAAAAAAAGGUUUUGAUAUUUUUAUUUUCACACUUAUUAUUUGCAUCAUAGCCCACAUCCGUCACUUGAUGCCUUUUAAGUUCUCUGAACCUCAAUAGCAGCAGCUAACACAGAUGUAUUCACUUAAAUAGCUCGUCCUGAAUUCAGCUGACUUUGAACUCCAAUAAAUCCUAAGAGGUUUGAAGAGGUAAAUAGAGAGUUUAAAAAUGUGUGGACAGCUUUCUUUGCUUUCGCUGCCAACGCUGUGACGAGGCUCGUCGGUAUGCUUUAUCCGCAGCUGGUCUGUUAGGAUUUUUAUUUUGGUAUUUUAGUGUUCUUGUCAAAAUCUGCCCAAAAGUGGCUCUUUUAUGUGAUAAAAGCUUGCCGACGCCUGUUCUCACAGGGAAACUUGAUAAAAUGCUGACACUAUUUAUCUAAAAGGUCAAAGGUCAAGCCGUGACAGACAUGGAUGUAUACUCUAACUUGAUUAGUUGGUGGCUGCUUACAAAUAUGAGACAGGGAUUCUGUUUCUUUUUGUUUGUUUUCUGUUUUUUUUUUUUUUUUCUGGUUUCCCAUUUGCGAUGAUAUAGUGACAGCAUGUGGAUAAAACCCCUUUCUGUAAAUGCAUAUUGUACAUACACACGCUCAAAGCAGCGCUGUGGUUCUGGCAGUGGAUCAGAGGAUGUUGUUUAGAGGCCUUAUUGAACCAUAAUAACAUCAGUAAUCCAUUAUCGCUGCUCUGUGCUGGUGUCUGGUGUGUCUUGCUCGCUCUUAAUAGCUUCUGUUGGAGUGAAUGAAGUUCCUGAAGCUAUGAAUUACGACGAGCCCAAAAAGAUGAUUCACAAAAACCCCGAAAAGGGGUAUUUCUCCUAAACGAAGAAUGCAACACAAUAAUUACAGUAAUUAUUAUAAAUCAAACCAAUGAGUUGGGCUGCUGGCUUUAAAUUUUAAAGUUUCAGAGGCAGAGAAAGAUAAAUGUCUGUGAGAUCGAUGUUUAUUUUAUUACCCACUGUUACUUCUUUUAUUCUGUGUGAUGACUGAUACGGCUGCGAUUGAUCCAGAAACCUGACUCCUCUCUGCCAGCGAGGUGCUAGACAGAAGCUCCUGCGCUCUCUUAUUACUAUAACAGACCACUGGGAUUUACUGAUGACUCAGAUUCACACACCCCCCCCACACACACACACACGUGUACACACACACACACAUUCACAUGCUGCACAGAUACAGAGUCACUUCAUUUAGACAUCAGAUGCUUCACCGGGUUACUGCCUUUCUCCUGCCGGGCUGGAUAGAUAGAUGAACCCAUCACCUCAUUUGCCUUGCGGGGGAAACCUGCUCUAUGGGCUUUUUAGAGCCAGGCCACUCCAUGGAACCCCGGGAUCAUUAAUUUAACAUGAUGCAGGUUCAGCCAUCUGCACAGUUCACCACUAGAAUAAAAUCAGGAGAGUGUUGUUAUGCUUCUUUUUCUUUUCUCCUCACCAGUUGGGCCACUUUCUCAGUUUAACUCGUGAUUUUUCAGAAAAAAUAAAAGCAGGUUGCCACGUGCAGGUGUUUGGCACAUUCGAUUUGCUUUCAAAGUCUUUGUUUUGAACAUUUUGUUUUGGGGCUCGUUUGUCACUGUCUAUGUGUGUGAACUUGUGAUCAUGCUUUUGGAGCAUGAAGCAGCAUCCUCUCAGCUGCUGAGUGUCGCUACACAACAGAUCGGAAACACUCGUCUCUUGCAACGGCUGUGGUUACUUAACAUCCUGGAGGCAAAACGUCUGACGUCUGCUGCUUUUUCUUCUUUUUUUCCUUUUCUCUCCACUCUACAAAACACGUUAGCAUUCGUUUUUAAUCUCACACUAAAAAUGAGCCGAGUAUGCAAAACUGCAUUACUAACGAGAAACAUCGGGCACUGAUGUACUACUGUUAAUUCCUCUAGAUGGGGGGGGAAGACUGAAAGCUUCAGCUUCCUGAAGCCUAAAGUUGUAUUUAAGACUAUUGUAGUCACGUUCCACUGUCAGGUUGCCUUUACUGGAAGGCGCUGCACACAGGAAGGAGCAAAUCGCACCAGUCUUGUUCCUAAAUUGCAGCAACCCACACUGAGCGUGACGUGUAGCUAGACAUGAAUGAAUGUUAUUUAUUUCCUCUUUUUACACUGUUAACUGGUUGAGUGGACUACAAGCACCACUUGGGACCGUACACCUCUAUCAGUAUUUUGUGUUAUACAAAAUUACAGAUGCAGUUUUGACUGCUGGGCCUUAUUUUUUAUUUAUUGGUGAUUGUGUGAUUUGGGCGUAAGGAAAACAAAUUUUGUCUCUUACAAACACACCUCCCAUUGCUUAAAAGCUUGAUUAAAUUGUUUGUAUUGUAUUACCCAUUUAAGACUUUCAUUAUAUUAUAGAGUUUCCGUUUAAUGGUCCAUUAGGAGUGACUUUAACGCGGUGAUGUCGUCUUCAGCUGUAUCAUUUUAACUCAAUUUGAUGAGCUUGUGCUUGUCAUGCAGCUGCAGUACUUAGGUUACCUCACUGCUUAGAAUCAGGUUAAAUCUAAGGUUGCAUUCCUCAUGCGGUGACUAGGUGUGACUCAUACACAUGCUUUGUCAUAGCAGUGUCAACCUGGGGAUGUGAGAAGUAUUGCUCUGCAUCAUCCUUCACCUUCCCCUGAGAUUGGAAAAUCACUAAGAUGAGGCGACACAAAGAUGCUUUCUCAUGUUUGGUUGCUGUUUUUGAUUAGACGGGUCUGCUAACCAGGCCUGGGAGUUUCUGUGAUUUUUCUCCUUGGCUGGGGAAAAUUUCUCUAACUUCCAACAGGCUGGUUUUAGCUCACCAAGCAGAGUUUGUCUUGGCAUUGCACACUGAUGAAGUUGUUAAAUUUCCGAUAAUAUUCCUGGCUUGGUUCUCGUUGUCAUUAGUGUGCUUGCGUGCGUGGUUUCACAAAGCUCACGUGUGCCAUGUGUAUGCUUAAUUCAUAAUGUUUCGGGGAUGUGUCUGGCUUUUCAGUUUUGCUUCACAUCCGUGGAUUUAAAUGUCCAUACGUCCAUUAUGGCACCUUCGUGGAUUUCUUAUGUAGAGCAUAUUUGCAAUGCAAACUAUUUAACUUGAUAUGCUGACAUUUUUCCCCCCAUUUACAUAUCAAUAAGGCAUAAAAAUACACGAUACCUGCAUUCUCUUAUGCCAAAUUAUUUGUAAUAAUUCAAAUCAUUGCCACAUUACAUUUGCUCCUAAUUUUUCCUUUUAGUAAAGUAUCCAAAUAAAUAAUCGGCAGGACAGGAUUUUAAAGGGCAAGCGAAAAUCCUGUUGGCAUUCAGCAGCCAAGGAAAGAGAAUCCUCCUGACGAGAGGAGUGACAGCUUUAUUUUGAUGUAGAUUGUCAAAUGUCUUCUCACUCUCACACAUUUUGUAAGGCAGAGAUGCCAUAACAGCAACCUUUAAAAAUACCUAAGAGGGAGGGGAAAGGGGAGGGCAGGUAGGAUAGAGCAGAAUGGGAAAAUAGAAGUAGGCAUAAGAUGACAAGCAUGAAGUGGUGAAAAGCAAAUGGAAUGAUAAGUUAACAGGGACUAAAAAAAGAUACUGUGAGAUCUUGUAUAUAUGCAUGAGAAGUUGGCUGAAAUGAAGCAGAGGGGUUACGGAAGGAACAAGGAAUGUGAAACAGGGGUUGACAGUUUAUGGAAAAGAUGAGUGGGUUUGCAGCUGAAGGUGGAGCGGUAAGUUGUGGGGAUGGAGAGCUGAGGCAGAAAGGUAAGGUUGUGGGAAGGUCACAUGGGAGUGAAGGAAGUGGGAGGAUGGGGUGAGGAGAAAGCAAGGUCAGAAGUGGGGGUUUUACAAGGGACCAAAGGAGUGAGAAGAAGACUAACUGGGGUAAAUGGUAAACAUAAUUUGUGAAGUUAUUUAAGUGUUAAUGAGUGACAUAUUUUCACACAAAUAGCCGUCAGGGUGCAGCAGUCCUCUGUUUACGUCCUCAAAAUCUGACUCAGCUAAGUGUUGAAGGAGCUGAAUGGUGCCCCGGCCCUCCUGCUGCUGCUGGAGUCCCGCUGCACUCAUUGUUAUGCACAGAGCACACACGAAUACACAGGUUUUCUGUGAGCUGCAUGCCCGCUUUCUUAGCAUGACACAACAAGUACAAGGCAUUUAUUUCCACUGGCUUUCAAACGUCGGCAGACAUCGUGAUCGCGUACAUGCGGAGUAUAGUAUGCUGGGCAGCACAGUGUACCAGUGGGGCACUGUCUGCGGCUGUUGUUGCUGCUAAUUUUAGGGAUUACAUCAGCAGCACUAAGAUGACAACCUUGUUGAACUCUCGCGCCGUAUUUCUCUCUGCUUCAUCUCUUCUCCUCCUCCUUCCAGCUCUCCUUCCUUCCUUUCCUUUCUCUCUUCUCUUCCUACCGGUUCCCCUUCCAUCAUCUUUCCUGCUUGCUCGUCCGCCCCCCAUUUAACCUUACUGCGUAUGUUUUCUGGGCUUUUCCCUUUUUUUUUUUAAUGCUUUCCUAGAAAUUGAACACAAGCUACACUUUCGAUUUUCAUCAGCUCUCACUAGAUCUGAGUGUUUAUAACUUAAUCUUAAUGUGUAAAGGUAGGCAGUGUGAGCUGGAGGACAUUUGAGCCUCUCUACAGUUCAUUUUGUCUAAAAGGCUCCGCACCAGAGCAGGGGAACAGAAUCAAAGUGUCCUGGCAGUAGAAAUAAAUUGGUGCCGAGCGCUAAAAUAAAACACAACCUACAUUCUGGAGGAAAAACAAAGGCUUCACUCUUCCUCAACUCCUUUUUCCUUCUCCUCUGUACGCUCCUGUUUGUCUAAAUCUUUCACCCACACUCAAACAUUUUCUUUCCUCUCGCGUCCUAUUCUCUGACUCACUGUCUCCUCUUGGUUGCUGUCAGUAUGUCUCCAGUACUGACCUUCGAGUUCUUAUUUUUUUUCCGUUUCCUACUUUGUAUGAUGAUGAUGAUGCUCGCCCAUUGUGUACGUCGCAUCAGCCUCCGCUUCAAGGUUUCACAGCCCCAGUGAACCUAAAGGUCAAAACAAAGUGUGUGCUUCCAGUUUAUCUGGCACAUUUGUAAGUUUACCUCUUGCAGCUACUUUCUAUGAUUUCACUCCCGUUUUUGUCCUUUUAUUGGUUUCUUUUUUCGCACCUAGGCUUUCUACACUGCAAUCGCCGUCGGCCCUCUCUCUGCAGGGAGAAGUCGGAAAGGGAAGGGCCGGUUUAAAUAGCAGGAAUUCCUGUCCCGUCUUUCUGACAGACAGGCAAACACGGGGCUGAGUGCUUACGCACGGCAACACACAUGACCGCGUGGCUGCAGCAGGCAGAUUCUCUUAAUUGAGUCUCUGUGCAGCAUACUUGAAUGCGUGUGUCUGUUUGUCUGCAACCGACUUGCUGUGCUUUGUGUCCUGCUGAAUACGAGCAAGGGAUCAGACUUGAUUUCGAGCAGUGGCGCAGCCCUGUUAGCUGGUGUGAGGGGGCAUUAUAAUAGCAACUAAAGGCACAGAGUCAAUGUGAACUAAUCGCUGAUGUUUCUGUGCAGUGUUGAUUGGUUGCACCGGCCAAUAACUUUCAAUAACUCAGCACUUCUUUGUGAACACAUGUCUGUGUGUUAAAGAGCUGCAGCAGCUUUAGUCAAUGGAUUCCUUUUAAUUAGACUGGCAGAACUGAUCGGCUGUGAGCACAAGCUAGCUGAAGACAACAUAUGCAGAUGACCGCUCUCUGUUGGGAUGCAUGUGUAUACAAAUUAGUGUGUAGUGUCCCACGGGGCAUUUUUCUCAGUAGCAUCACGCUGAAUGAUAAAACAGAUACAGGGCCCCGCUCUGUAAUCACUGAUCCACACACCGCCUCUGUGAGUGUGUUUAGUCAGUGCUUGAGUUACUCAUAUGUUCCAGAUUUAAAACUCUUUUCCUAUCUUUGAUCUCUCAUUUUCUCUGUGUUGCUUUUUCCCCCUAUCCUUCUGCAUCGUUCUCUAGUCUUCACUCAUACAUCUUCGGCCUCUUUAGAUCCAUCCCAGUAUUUGUUUUCUGUCUCACUUUUCUCUCUGGGCCUCAUCCAGAAAGCACUUACCUUACCAGACAGCUGCACACACACGCACAGACACUCAGUCGCAGGCCGGCUGUUCCAGGAAGCGUUUCCUGCGUGACGUGUUUCCUGCUCCGUGUUUUGAAGACACAUUCCACAUCUAUGUACAGUUACAGUAAACGGUCGUCUGAGAAGUCGUGCUCAGACUACGGCGCUCGUCUUUACUUUUUCUUUUUCAGUUUGAGCUGAAUGAGUCACACGGCGAGACGACUGACUCCUCUGAACUUGUCUUGUUUUGAAAGUGCUUAAUGGUGUGCUUCUGCAGGCUGCUAUGUGGGACUUUUUCUUGUUAUGGAAGUUUUAUGAAAGUCUUUCCAAACGUGUGGAUGUAUUUUUAUUUAUCUUCAUUCACAAACCCACCAGGUUAUCAAAUCUCCAGAAUAGCGAGUAUUAUUAAAAAAAAGAAGAAGAAGAAGAAGAAUUUGAGUUAUUUGUUUUUUAUUUUUCAGUAUGAGGGAAGCAUGAUUGAAUGAGUGCUACAUUUCAGAGUGACUACAGUGAAUAUUACUGAAGAGGAAACCUUUUGGUGACUUUACUACAUUCAUCUUGCAUCCUUUGACUUGUAGGACUUAUGCGCAGUUUCCAGGUUCUUGCAACCUUCAUUGAAAGUUUCUUUUUGAAUUUUACUGUACGCUAGUGUCAUUUAUAUAUAUUUUUUUUAUUUUCCUGCCAUUGUGUCAUCUAACACACCACAACUGCCACACCCACAUGUGUAAGAUUGAUCUGAUAUUUUUCAGUGAGCAGCAGAGAUUUGUUUUCCUCUCCUGAGUCACAUGAAAUAAAAUAGAUAAACGGAUUAAUAAUAAGAAUUAAUGUGUUCCCUCAAUUAUUGAUAAACACAUCAUCAAAAGUUUAGUUGCUAAUGAUUAUUAAUGAAUCUGUAUUUCUGCUCUAAAUGUGGACUGGACUGGCAUUAAUGUAGUAUUUUUCUUAUCAUACUGACCACUCAAACCACUUCAGACUACAAGCCACGUUAAACUCUUCUUCCUCUACUUCUUCUUCUGCUGCUUCUCCUUUUGACCGCUCCCUCUAAGCAGGUUAUCUUCCUCUCUCUCUCACAUCCACCUUCUGCAUGUCCUCGUUCUCUGCAUCCAUGAAUCUCCUCUGUGGUCUUCCUCUUUUCCUCUUGCCUGGCAGCUCCUUCUUCAGCAUCCUUUAUCCGGUCCUUCUGCACAUGUCUAAACGGUCUCUAUCUGAGGUUUUGCUGAGGUUUUGUACGUUAACAAAAAUGUUAACGUACAUUCAAACAGUUCUUUAUUCUGUAGAUGUUCAACACUUGAUCUGCCUCACCAGUUAUUCUAACAUCAUGUCUUUGGACUGUGAGGCAACAGUGCUAACUGCUUCUAACCAUUGUCUGAAACUGUCUUCAGUAUGUCCCAUCACACCCACGAGAGCUUAAUUAGUGCUGGGUCUUUUUUGAGGCUAAGCUAAGAAGAUGAUGUAGUGCUGCGCAUGCUACCCUUCAAAAGGGGAUAGACUGCAGCUCGUACACACUGAGACACACAUGCUGUCGGAUCAUGGCUUUCUCUUGCUCGCACACACACACACACACACACACUGUAAACACUCACAGACAGAGCCCUCCAUUAGUCCCAGAGUCUUUAAUCCAGUCAGUGUUCGGUAAUUUCAUUCAUGUGGAGAGGUGGAGGUUAAAGGGUGUGUGUCUAUUUGUGUGUUUCUGUGUGUCUUUGUGUAUUUCAUCUUUUUAGUCCACUUCAGGCUUAAUUCUGUGUCUUUGUCUUUAUCCCUCUGUUCCGGUAUAUGCCUCUGUUUGCCCACUUAUCCAUUUCAAGCUUUCUUUUCCCCCCCCCUCUCCUCUCUGUCUCUCUUGUACAUAACGCUCCUCUGAAGGCUGGGCUCCAUGUGCUUCCAUCCGAUUGGCUGCCGAUUAAAACGAUGAUGUCAUUCCUAGUUGGGAGGUGUGUUUCGCCUCCUAUGCACACCCACAGAGGAGGGAGAAUUGAGGGUAGAAAUCCUGGUUCACAGCAGCGAGCAGGGGAGCAAAAAAAUAGGAGCGUGGAGAGGGAGUGAGUGGGUGAUGUAGACAGACAUAAAAAAACAAACAGCAUAAUGAAGGGAGGAAGGUCAGAAAGACAGGGAGAAAUGCCGAGAAAGAUUCUCAGCUCUCUGAUGUGUCUGAUGCAAGCUGGCAUCUCUCCUGUGCUCGAGGAGAAUCGGCCAUUCAGACAGCCAGACAGCUCCUAAUGUCUCCUGCUUUCAAAUCUUCCCUCCGCUGGCUCAUCGUUGUUUGUGCAUCAGAACAGCUACAGUAUACAGGCUGAUAUAUGAUAUAUGGUGUGGAAAAACACAGAUAAACACACAUCUUAGAGAAACAAAUGUUGCAUGUGAAAGUAUUGACAUCUUUGAUCCUGCAGAACAUGCGGUUUAAAACAAUUUAAAAAAGUGUCUUUAUAGGAUAGUUUAAAAGGUACAAAAAAUAAAUAAAUUGGAGUAAAAAGAAGGAGUUUGUAUUUUGAGUUUGUAUGGAUCUUUAUUUUUCAAAAAUUGAACUUAUUUAAAUUUUCUGACUAUUAAAAAUUAUGCUCUGGGCACUUAAACUUGUUGCAGCUUCCUUAGGAGAUGCAUGUAAAUAUGAAAAGAAAACUAGAUUAUGAGAUUUUUAACUGUGUCCUUCAUUAAAAUAGAAAAAGAAACUCAAUGCAAACAUUUCAGAAUCCAGAGAAAACGAGGAUUUUGUACCCCUGAGGUGUUGAGUCACAACUAUUGAAAUAUGAAAGGAAAAAAACCCCAAAAUAAACAAAGCGCUGUUUCAUGACGUGGGUUUUCAAUUUGUUUUUCUUAAGUUUCCACCUCAUUUGCUGUCAUUAAAAGCAUUGUUAUUCUAAUUAGGAGCUGAUUUGGUGUUUGGGGGGAAAAAAGGCUUCCAGUUGUUGAGGUUGCAUGUAUUGUACGCCUUUUGAUUAGAACCUGAAAAAAUACUUGUGUCAUUCCAACUUUCUUGGGUGGUAUCCCACAUCUGAUGCAUAGUAGAAUAAACCCCACUCAGGAUUAUUUGUAGUUCCUGUCAGAACCAGGUCCGCUUCAAAUUGUUUACAGCUGCGGUUCUGCUCAGUCUAAUGCCUUUAUUACCUCAGUAUAUUUGGCCAGCAGUGUACUGUAUUAGAGUGAGUUAUCUGUGAUUAAUGUGUCUUUCCUUGUACUCAAAUUCUUUCUACUGUGUCACAAAUCUUCUAGAUGCGGGGGCUUUUUAAAGGGGGUAAAAGAAAAAACCCCCCAACUAUUAUCGCCUUGUGCUAUUGUGUCACAUGUUCACAUUCUGCAAAAUACAGCCAGUGCCUGUCUGUUUUAUCUGAUAGGGACUCUGUGAUUUAUACCCACCCCCCUCUUUUUCUGUGUAAUUUAUGCGGCAUGCUCACAAAGGGGAGGGGGUUGCCUCAAUACACUCAGCUUUAUGUUACCAGCAGAUCAAUAAAGAUGCUCCCUCGCUUUCCUCUCUAUCUGUCUUUCUCAUUCUCCCUCUCCGUCCAUCUCUCUCUCUCUUUCUCAUCCACAUGUGCUCAGCAGCCAAUACAUCUAAUGCAGUUUCCCUCUGCUAUCUUCAUCCCUGCCACCUCCCAUCCCAUCCCUUUCUCUCCCUUUCCCCCGUCUCUCUCCCUCCCUCGCUGCACAGGUGAUGUCAUUCUUUUCCAGCUGGAUUCUCCUCCCUUCUCCCUCCCUCCCCUCGCGCUCGCUCUCUCCUCCGUUCCCCAUUAGCGGCUGGCUCUCCAAAGCGCAGCAUCUAUCCACAGUAGCUUCUUUUCCCAGGGUUGGGAGGGGGAUGAGGAAUGCCGGUUUGAGGUGUGAGCGCUAACCCAGGAGGAGAGCUUAAAGCUGGGGUACAAGGAGCAGGAUCACUGGCCCCAUGCCAUGGAGCUGCACUGCUGGGCACACACUUACACCGCUGGAGCUUUAUAGGCAGGAAAGAGUUGCAAGGGGCAGAGAGAGGAGUUUGACAGGCAGUGAAUGAAGAUCAGAGAGAGCUGCAGGCAUCGGUCCUGGCUUUUGGGAGGUGAAGGGGGCAUUGUUUGGAUGACUUGAAGCCUGGCAAGAGGCUCCUUCCCAGGGGGCUGCAGAUGCACAAACAAGCCCCCCUCCCCUUUUUUCCCCCCACAUUUUUUUUCUUAAAUUCAACACUGGCUCAUCUACUGAGGAGGGAAAUCUGAGCUUCUUAAAGAAGUAAAAGAAAUCUUGAAGAGUUGACUUAAUGAGUUUUUGCUCUGGACUUUUGACAGACAAACUUGCAUAUUGAACUGGAUGGCUUUAUCUUUGGCCAUGCAACUUCCUUCUCCUUUGGAUUCAGUUUUGUGUAUUCAGCAGAAUUUUUUUCUUCUUCAUUGAGGUUUAUCAGCGUCUCUGUUGCAGUCUCUUGACAGAGAGAGAGAGGGAGGGAGAAAGCGUGACAUAUGAAUGGAUCUGCGUUGACUUUAAGUCUCUUUCUGUAGUGAUAUCUGACAGUCAUCCAGUGAGGCUUCCGUUUUUUUGUUGGUUUUUUUUACGGCCAAAUCAAGGAAGGUUUUUUUUUUCUUUUAUUUAAAAUAAACCACAGCAGCAAAGAGCGUGGUGUCAGCCUUUGCCCUUCUUUUACUUAUUCAUUUUUUUUCUUCAUCUCUUGGUGAACGAGGGGAAACUUCCCCUCGCUGGCACCCUCCCUCCUGUGGAAAUGGCUUUCCUGGUCCGUUGCUAUGCCAACUGCUUGCAGCCGUGGUCCUCCAAACUUCCUGCCGAUCUCAAUAAGAUGCACCUAACAGACCAUGCCCACCAGCAGGUGAUGCACAUGCCGCCCAGCCAGUCGGGAUGCAGUAUCGCCAGUGACUCGGGUAGCAGCAGCCUUUCAGAUAUUUACCAGGCCACAGAGAGUGAUUUGGGGGAUGUCGACCUUUCUGGACUUCCAGAGGCUGCAGUGGACAGUGAGGAGGAGGAGGAGGAAGAUGAGGACCUGGAGAGAGCUUCGGACACUCUCCUAGGCCGAGAUCUGGUCCGAGAGUGUCUAGAAAAAGAUCCUGUCGACCGCAAUGACGACGACAUCGAGCAACUGCUGGAGUUCAUGCACCAGCUGCCUGCCUUUGCCAACAUGACCAUGUCCGUGCGGAGGGACUUGUGUAGCGUCAUGAUGUUCGAAGUGGUGGAGCAGGCCGGCACAGUCAUACUCCACGACAAACAGGAGCUGGACCACUGGUAUGUCAUUCUGAACGGAGCAGUCGAAAUUAGCCAUCACGAUGGGAGAACGGAGACUCUUUGUAUGGGCAACAGCUUCGGCAUCUCACCCUCACUGGAUAAGCAGUACAUGAAUGGAGAGGUUCGCACCAAAGGGGAUGAUUGCCAGUUUGUCUGCAUCGCCCAGGAGGACUACUGGCGCAUCCUCAACCAUGUGGAGAGGAAUACGCACAAGGUGGAAGAAGAGGGGGAGAUUGUGAUGGUGAAGGAACACCGGGAGCUGGACCGCAGCGGGACCAGGAAAGGACACAUUGUCAUCAAGGGAACACCCGAGCGUCUGAUCAUGCACCUGGUGGAGGAACCGUCGGUGGUCGACCCCACCUACAUCGAAGACUUCCUCCUGACCUACAGGACAUUCCUUUCAAGUCCCAUGGAGGUUGGCAAGAAGCUGCUGGAGUGGUUCCAGAUGGACAGCCUUCGUGACACGGUAACAAGAAUAGUGCUGCUGUGGGUCAACAACCACUUCAACGACUUCGAGGGUGACCCGGCUAUGACGCGCUUCCUGGAGGACUUCGAGAAACAUCUAGAAGCGACAAAAAUGAAGGGCCAUUUGAGACUGCUGAACAUAGCAUGUGCAGCCAAGGCUAAGUGGAGACAGAUCACUCUGCAGAAGGCAUCUAGGGAAUCACCGCUCCACUUCAGCGUGCAGGGCGGCAGCGAGAGAGGAUUUGGCAUCUUUGUCGAGUCGGUGGAAGAAGGAAGCAAAGCUGCAGAAGCAGGACUCAAAAGGGGGGAUCAGAUCAUGGAGAUCAAUGGUCAGAACUUUGAGAACAUCUCCCUCUCCAAAGCUGCAGACAUCCUACGAAAUAACACACACCUCUCCCUCACAGUUAAAACCAACAUCUUUGUCUUCAAAGAGCUCCUUAGCAGGAUCGCGCAUGAGAAGAAGAACGGCGGCCUUCACAUUCCCAAGAUCCAGGAGAAAAAAGGCAAUCGUUUCUCCAUCGCCGACCUUCCCGGAGACAUGGAGUUCCCCACUGACCACAAGGCCACCCGAAAAAUGAAGGCCAACACUGUGUCUGGAGGACGAAACAAGAUCAGGAAGAUGCUGGAGAAGACGCGCUUCAGUAUACUGCCACCUAAACCUUUCAGGGGCCUGUUUGGUGAUGGCGGCUUAGUUCAGUCUCAAGAUGACAGCAUUGUGGGUACAAAGCAGUGCCGUCACAGCGUGGCCAUCAUGCCCAUUCCUGGCAACCUAUCAUCAAGUAGCCCAGACCUGCUACAGCCAGCAAGCAGCGUCCUGGACUUCUCCAUCCCUGCAGCUUUGGGACUCUACUACAUCCCAGACCAGGUAAUUCGAGUGUUCAAGGCCGACCAGCAGAGCUGCUACAUAAUCAUCAGUAAGGACACUACUGCCAAGGAUGUCGUCGCGCACACUGUCAAUGAGUUUGGACUCGUCGCGGCACCCGAGACCUACUCCCUGUGCGAGGUAUCAAUUAGCCCAGAGGGAGUCAUAAAACAGCGCCGUCUGCCUGAUCAGCUCUCUAAACUGGCUGAUCGAAUUCAGCUUAAUGGAAGGUAUUACCUGAAGAACAACAUGGAGACGGAGACGUUGUGUUCAGACGAGGACGCCCAGGAUCUCCUCAGAGAAAGUCAAAUCUCACUUCUGCAGCUGAGCACCAUGGAGGUUGCAGCCCAGCUCUCCAUGAGAGACUUUGAGCUCUUCAGGAACAUCGAGUCCACAGAGUACGUGGAUGACUUGUUUAAACUAGACUCCUCUGUGGGAAGUGGCAAUCUGAAACAAUUUGAGGAGGUGAUAAACCAGGAGACCUUCUGGGUGGCCACAGAGAUCUUGAAGGAGCCCAACACUCUGAAAAGGAUGAAAACCAUCAAACACUUCAUCAAGAUCGCCCUUCACUGCAGAGAGUGCAAGAACUUCAACUCCAUGUUCGCUAUUAUCAGCGGACUGAACCUGGCACCGGUGGCUCGACUGCGGAGUUCCUGGGAAAAAUUGCCCAGUAAGUACGAGAAGCUCUUUGGGGACCUGCAAGAUCUCUUCGACCCAUCCAGGAACAUGGCCAAGUACCGAAACGUGCUGAGCAGCCAGAGCAUGCAGCCGCCCAUCAUCCCGCUGUUCCCAGUGGUCAAGAAGGACCUCACCUUCUUACAUGAAGGCAAUGACUCAAGUGUUGAUGGCCUUGUGAACUUUGAGAAGCUGAGGAUGAUCGCGAAGGAGAUCAGACAUGUGGUGCGGAUGACCUCAGCCAACAUGGACCCUGCCCUCAUGUUUAGGCAAAGGAAGAAGAGGUGGAAGAGUUUAGGGUCUUUGAGUCAGGGCAGCACCAAUUCCAAUAUGCUAGACGUGCAAGGCGGAGCGCACAAGAAGAGAGUACGCCGAAGCUCGCUCCUCAAUGCUAAGAAGCUGUACGAAGACGCUCAGAUGGCCAGAAAGGUGAAGCAGUACCUCUCUAACCUCACAGUGGAGACGGAUGAGGAGAAACACCAGAUCAUGUCCCUGCAGUGCGAGCCGUCUUACAACACUUUGUCUAAGAAUUUGAAUGAGAGGCGAUCCACUAAGUCGGAUAUGUCUCCAGUCUCGCUGCGGUCAACUCUGCCCUCCGGAAAAACACAAAACAGGGUGUCACAAGUCCUACAGGUCCAGGUCCCACUGAACCCUCUACGAAAGAAGAGCACUGCCAAGGACAUAGCCUCACUUAAUUCCAACUCACCUCAGGUGGUUAAGAAACCACCAGUGAACUCGUCAGAGGAGUGGAGCACAAAGAGAACAUGUGACGACACAGUUUCCACCAUCUCCUCUCUUCACUCGAGCCCCACGGUGUCACCUCAGGGCUCCCCGCGCAAAGUGGGAGGUGUGGCAAAGUCCCAGAACUCCAGCCAGAUGAACUUGUCGGGAUCUUCAUCGUCGCUGACCAGCGAAGCUAGCUCAAAGGCCACCGUCAGUCUGCGCAGCUACGGCAUAGGUUAUGCCCUCCUACCGCCCGGUAAAGCUGACAACCUGUCGGACUCGAGUCACAGCGAGAUCUCCUCCCGCUCCAGUAUCUGUUCGGUCGACUCUGUGCCUGCUCCUGGGCCUGAUGACCGAUGUAAUAGCAGCAACAGGACCUGUAUGACUACUACUGCCACUAUUGCUACUACAACGUCUCCUGCAAUAGCUACUGCGGUUCCUGAGAGCGCAGCAGGAAUGCAUUCCCACGUAAAUGCUGAUUACAGCCAGCCCAGCACAAGCGGUUCCUCGUCAGCUCGGGGAUACCCGACGCGAGCCUCCACCUUCACUUCUUCCAUCUCGACAGAGGAGCUGACCCACGACCACACCUCACUGGACUCGGUGGCCGACAGCGGGCGCGGCAGCUGGACGGCCUGCUCCUCCAACUCCCACGACUCCUUCCAGAGCCUCCCCACCUCCUCCUGCCGGCCCUGGGACCACGGCAUCCACGGCCACCCGCUUGCUCUGUCCCACUUCAAGCACACGCAGAUGACCCGGCCGAUAGCGGAGGCCGAGGCUGCCGGGCCCGUGUGGGCGAGCGACGGUGGUGCCAGGCAGCACUCCAGAGACUCGAGUUCAGACCUGUCCAAUCAGUGCCGGCAGAGCUGGGCGUCGUCCGGCUCGCUCUCGGACACCUACGAGGGGAAUUACGGGACGAUAAAGCGGCGAAACACCUCGGAGCACCCCUCCUCACCAGCCAAAGAGGAAGGAGGGCAAAGCACAGACCCUGCCUACAAAACGGUGACAUCAAGCACAGAGAAGGGCCUGAUAGUGUAUUGUGUCACCUCCCCUGCCAAGGAUGAGCGUUACCGAGCUCCCCCUCCCACCCCUCCAGGCUACCAGGGCCUGGCCCUGGGGGACCUCGGCCUCGCAGACGGAGUAAUAGGUGGGCCAGGAGGGCACGUCCCCAGGCCUCCUCACCUCAAACCUCCGGACUACAGCGUGGCGUUGCAGAGGAGCAAACUCCUGCAGAGCCCCGGAGCUGCCGGCAGUCUGGCUGAGGCACGCAGGCUGGCGGGUAACCUUCACCUUCAACACCAAGACGCACGGACAGCCGGGUCCACGCCGGGCCACUCCAGACCGCCAAGCAUCUGCCACCCACCACAGGAUCUGGCUGACAGUGAGGAUGAUGAGCAAGUCUCAGCGGUGUAACGGCACAAACCGACGGACCAAGUCGUGUUGAUCCGGCUUUGGACUAAGCCAGUCAGCUGGUUGCCGUCAACUGUCAGAGCACAUCGUCCGAGCCCCUCCCAAGGCCCCUUGUGACGUCACCGCAGACCACUCGUGAACCUGGCCAGUCACUCAGGUGACCCCUGUCCAACUCCCGGGACUCACACAAGCACCUCUUUUUAAACUCGUUUCAGAAAUCAAAAGAAGAAAACAGCGACUUUGGAUACUUUUUAAAAACUCUGUACAAAGCAGAAAGGCGCUGUGAUGGGAUCACGCCGCCGUAGAUGGACUUAAAAAAUCCCAACAAAAUAAAAGAAGGAAAGAGUGACAAUAAAGACGCGUCGUGCGACAAAGUCAGCCUCCUCAGAGACGGACCGUGUACCUCCAUUUUGCGCUUCAAGCUCACUUUUCGUGUUGUUGUUGAUUUUUUUCUUUAAAUUAAAAUCUUGUACAGUGGUUUAGAUUAUUUUUUUUUUAAAAGUGUUAAUUUUUCUUCUUUAAGUUGCAUCUCUGAGCUUUUAUGCGAGGAUGGUGAGGACAAAAAGGGACGGAAAGUAGUCAGCAGCGUCGUGGACAAACAUGAACUCACGGGGGUGUUUUCUCUUUUUUUUGUGGCUCUUCUCAUUUUAUUUUGACGUUUGCAAGAUUGUCGUCCGCUCCAAUGGAGAUGAAUGUGAAACAAAGAGACAAGCUUUGGCACUGAUGAUAUUAAUUUACGCAUGUGACACCAGAUUCCACAUGAACAAAGCAAAUGCACAAAAAACCCGAAUAAAAAUACACAGAACAGUUGCAGUACUUAAACUUCGACUGCAUCGGAGGUCAGAAAAGCCCCUCAGGAGCCCGUUGCCUUUUUCUUUCCCACGCUCCCUCCUUAAGUGGUGACAAAUGAGAAAUCAAACCCGCGGAACAACGGAAGGCACGUCUGUUCAUGUUUAGCGCUUAUUGUAGUUUGCUGAGCUUUACAGGUGGAAAAAAGACAAACUGCAGAUCUCAGGCAGUUCCCCGUGGCUGCGUGUUGCACUCCCCACCGCCAGCCGCUUCUCUUACUGCUUGUUUAGUCUGUCGCGAGGUACUUUAGCGGCAUGCUGCCUCCUGGAUGUUCUAUAAAAACUGUAUCAUAACUUGAUUCUAAUGAGCUGAAGAACAAAUGACUUGCUGCUUACCGUAGAAUAAUAAAAAUGUGUUGUUAUUUAAUUGCAGCAGCUAUAAUAAAAUGAUAAAUUAGCACUGUGUGGUCACACGAUUUGCAUGCAUAUACAUAUAUAUAUAUACAUAUAUAUAUAUAUAUAUAUAUAUAUGCACACACACCAAAAUCACGCUGGUGUGCAUAAAGACAGUGUUUACACCAGUGCUUACACAUUUUGUUUACAGUGUUUAUUAGACUAGUUGUCUAUUGAAUUACAAGCUGAGUGUUAGUGCAAACACUCCAGGUUCGGCCGACCUUGUAAAUGUGUUAAUAAUGCAGCAGGAAUAUGCAGAUGCAGCAUAAAUUUGGAUUAUGUGCUCACAGUGUACCUCUCGUCUCUCAUCUCUUUGUUUUUUUUUGUUCUUUUGUUUUCUUCCUAUUUAAAAGCGCGAGUGUCGCAAACAAGUCGGCGAAUAUUUUAAGGCGUAGCUCGCACCUUCAUUCUGUGUCCAUAGUGUGUUUUGUAGACUAUUUAAAGAGGAUGUGCUUGAAAAUUGUCUAUUUGUAUUGAAAACAAGAAGCAAAUUUGUACAUGCAAACGAAAAAUGUUUUGGUUUUUUUCCAUUUGUGCUUUGAUUUUUUUCCUCCACAGUUCGGCAGGGGUGUAACUGGAAUUAGAUGCUCUUCUCCUUCUGCUGUUUGUCGCACGCUCUGUGACGCUUCUUUUGUUUUGCCACACAAAGACUUGAAAUGAUUGAUGCUAAUAUACAUAUACACACACACACACACGGCAUAUACAUACGAAAGUAUACAUAUAUAUUUUUUGUUGUUUCUUUGCCAUAAAUUAAUGUUAUGAUGACAGAAGAGUCGUGUAUAAAGGCUAUUUUUGAAUAUUUUGUUAUGAGAAAUAACACAAGGUGGUGAUUGCCCUGUUUUUUCUUUUUUUUCAGCAGGGCAGGAGUCUUUUAAGGAAUUUUUAUUUUCUCCCCUCUGUUUUUUUUUGUUGUUUUUUUUGUUGUUGUUUUUUUUGUUGUUGUUUUUUUGAAGUGCCAUUUCUGCUCUUUCAGUUUAAUUGCUGCUGUGUUUUGGGAUAUGGCUGUCUGUGUGUGAGUGUGUGUGUUGUGGAAUUAUAUAUUUGUGAGGCUGGGAUCAACAUUUUUUUUUUAAAUCCCAUUUCCAUUCAGUCUGGGAUGCUGCACAUAAGGACAAACUCAACAAAAGCCCUUCUUAGUUUGCAGUUUUGCUUUGAUUGCUUCUGCCUGCAGAAAGGUGGCCCCCUUGUGAGUCUCUCGCUGCCAGUUUCACGACACGAGGCGAGUUCUUUCCCUCUCAGACACGAUGAUUGAAAUGAGGGUUUUUUUGUUAUAAUAUUCCUCUCUGUUUGAAUUGAACUGAACAAGCUCUGCUGUGACGCCUUGUGUGGUGUAGGGUCUCUCAGCCCCGUCAGCUCAGCAGGACUUUAAACUUUUAACCCUCUCUCCUCACUUUACUCACUCUGCUCCUCUAAUGGAUUUCCCUCCACUGCUCAAGAGCACCUACUGUGACCCUCACCCGGGUUCCUUUUUCUUUGAAACAGACUGUCAGAAACUGACUGCUCUCUUUUUUCACCUUUUUUUUUUUUGCACAAGAUCCCUGAGAUUCUUAACCACAAAUCAGUAUUAUUGUUCACCAUUGAUUUUUUUUUUUUUAAAUCACAGCAGCAGCUUGUAUUACUGCCAAUAGUUUUCCAAAAUGAUACAAAUGGCUAGAUUUCAAUAAAAAAGCAUCUCAGUGCUCCUAAUUGCAUAAAACUGGAGGAAGGCACAUGCCACCUCCUUCACCUGGAAAUACCCCUCAUCGUUUUAGCCCCGCCCCCACCUCGUCUCCUGCUGUGGAAUGCAAUAAGAGAGAUGUGAAUGUGUUUUAUGUCGACGUCUUUUGGCAUUACAGCAGAAAUGCACAACAAUAAGCUUAAAUGUGGUGAGUGAGCUGCACAAUCUGUACAAAGAGGUAUUAACUCGGUCUGUGGCUUAAAGUUUGCUUUUGUCUCACACUUAAUAGCUGUUGUAACUUAUGUCUUUUAGAAAGACAACUUGAUUUUGCUUGUACGCUUUUUAUGUAUUUUUUACAAGUGUAAAUAGUUGUUCUAUUUUUGUUUAAGAGAAUGUUUAAAAAAGGAAGAAUAUGAAUUUGGACAAUGAAUAAAAUGU